AUGGUUAAAGCUAACGAGUUUGAAGUUUCGACGCAGUCUAGAAAAAAGGUGUUUUGUUUAACGCCUCCAUUUCUACUUUUCUACAAUGCGGAAUUGAUGACCUAUAGAAUUUUGAGAACUAUUCGAAAUUCAGAAGAACUCCGGGAAACAGCCAUUGAACAGCUGGAAAAAGUCCGGGCCCGUUUAAGGAAAGUAGAAAUGGAAGCAGAUCGGUUUCGAGUGAAUGGUUAUGCCGAGAUAGAACGAGAAAAAUUGAAUUUAAUUAAUUCAAUUUAUACAAGUUUGGAACAAUUCGAAAAUGACAAAAAUAAAACCAUUCAUUUUGAACAACAAAGGGCGAUUAAUCAAGUCCAACAAAGUGUUUUACAACAAGCAUUACAAGGAGCUCUGGGAACUCUUAAUAGUUGCUUAAACAACGAGUUACAUUUACGUACGAUCGGUGCUACUAUUGGUAUGUUUGGGUCGAUGAAAGCAAAAAAUAACUGA